GGUUGGCAUAGAUUAGAAAAGUAUUUCCAGGGAUGUGAGAAGGGCUUGGUGAACACCGAGUCCCAUUGGCUUCAAAGUUCUGGGAUUUGAUUUAAUUCCGCGUGAGCUGAGAAGCUCACGCUCUAGUCAGACUUCUUUAUUUGCUCAUCCGUUAGUUCCCAAGUGUGUGGCAUCCCUGUCUGUUCCUGGUGUUGUCCCCCACGCCGGGUACACAGACGCGUAAGGACAAGCCACUCCCGCUGGGAGUCCCUACAGUGUCGGAGGCUCAUGGCAGAGGUCACGGCUGACCCUGUUUGGGGCUGUGGGUCAGGGAGGGUCUCACGAAGGAGGCUCGUUUGAACAGGGCCUUGAGGGAUGAAGAAGAGUUCUCUAGGCAGCCUAUCGAGGGAGACAGCUUAUGCCACGUUGGGGAUUACUUUUGGAGAUGCCCACAUGCGCUGUGAGGGACGACGGGGUGUGUGGACUACAGACUGCGGUCCUCCCAGCCGCGGGGCUCAGGAGGACAAGGGUCGAAGGUCUGAGCACACACGUCCUCAUGACCCUGGGGGUCCUGGCUGUGUCUUCCCUCCCUUGAACCAAGACUCCUGUGUGUCCCAGGCCUCUUUGGAAAAUGACCGCCUGGCCUCUCAGUACCGCCUGGUCCCGGGUCUGGAAACAUCUGGGUCCUGCCCGGCUGGAAAGACGGGGCGUGACCCCCUGGAUCUCUGUCCUCGGCCGCGAGAAGGUGACCCACCGCUGGAAAUUCCCACGUGCGAGCCAGCGUCUCACCCCUUCUUAUCUGAGUCACAAGGACACUGGGCCGGCACGGUCCUCGCCGUCUACACUGGGGAGCUGUCCUGGUGGGGGAGAAUCCUUAUGGUAGUGGAGGGCUCCUUGCUGUCCACGCUCCCUCUCCGCCAGCGGGACACCCUCACGGGAGAGGGAUGCACCGAGCAGAGAAGGAAGGGGCAUUUGCCCGGGACCCGCCGCGUGCCAGCGCUGUGCUAA